UUAAUCUACAGAAAUGUCAUCCGCACCUGCCCUAUCAGCGUCCCAAUCUCUACCUCCUCUGAAUCAAACGGCAACGGGGAUGCCCCCUGUAGCGUUAACGAGCCAGCCUAAUUUACAGACCGCUGCAGCGCUAUCUACAGAAAAAACUACCGCAGCUGCCUCGUCACUCACAUCUUUAUUAGACACGGUUUUUGCAGGCAGUCAGGGAGAAGGCUCCUCACCUGGACCAUCUGCCAACUCCUAUCCCCUCUCAUCUCUUGCAGAUCUGAACUUAACUACUUGUUCCAUUUUAGCUGCGUCGCUCUCGGCAUCUUCACGUGCUGCAUACAGACAGUCGUGGAACCUAUUUCAAACCAUGGAUAAAGGUGCUAGCUCGCUUCCAUUGAGUCUUCAAAGUGUCUGUAAUUUUAUUGGUUAUUUAUUUGAUAAACAGUACAGUGCUAGUAGUAUUGCAUCACAUGUAUCUGCAUUAAGUUACCUGCAUAAGCUUCUGAACCUCCCUGACCCAACUCAAACCUUUAUUGUUAGGAAAUUACUAAAAGGGUGUAGUAGGUUGUUACCUUCACAAGAUACUAGGCUACCCAUUACUAAGGAAAUCCUGCACAAACUUAUAAACGCAAAUAAAAUGACAGUAUCUCAGCCGUUGAAUCAGUUGUUAUUAAAAGCAUUGUAUCUCCUUUGUUUUAAUGCAUUUCUACGGCUAGGGGAGGUUGUUGUAAAGUCAGUAGCUGACAGAGAUCGUGUUUUGCAAGUACAGGACGUUACAUUUCAUGGUGAUGGGAACCUGCCACACAGUGUUCAAAUUGUCAUUCGUCACCACAAAACACAAAAGAAAAAUGAUCCUUUAAUUGUUUCUAUUCAGGGAGGUUCGGGUGAAUUCUGUCCUGUUCAAGCCAUGCAUGAGUAUUGCAAAAAAUCAUCCCAUUCAUCAGGUCCAUUUUUUCAAUUUGUAGACGGCACCCCAGUUACUUACUCGUUUGUCAGCUCUCAGCUUUCAAAAGCAAUAUCCUUUGCAGGUUUUGAUCCCAAACGUUUUAAAGGUCAUAGUUUUCGUAUAGGUGCAGCUACUCAUGCAGCGCAAUUAGGAUAUUCAGAAAGCUGCAUUCAACAUUUGGGUCGCUGGAAUUCAAAUGCUUUACAUAGGUAUAUCAGGAUAAAGUCAUUUGAAAUUUAAUAUGGUUUAACAUGCAGGUCAGUGAUUUAACUGCUGCUUUAUAUCUUCUUCGCGCGAUGCACGUUAAGCGGAAUUAUAAACAAAUAAACAUUGUGCAGCUCUAUGGUUGAGACAGGUUAGUGAUUUACUGCUGUCAUUGGCUGGUCAGUGAUUAACUGCUGUUAUCUACUUAUUAGUACCCUUAUUUUACCUCUCCUGCUUGCUGGCUCAUAUGACAAUAUUCGUUAUUUGCAAUGUUUUUAUUAGGCAUAGAUAAGCAGUCCAGUGCUAAAACGCUGCCGAUGGAAUACGAUGAGAAUUAUUUUUGCAAGUUUCAGCUGGACAGUACAGUGAUUAACUGCUGUCUUUCUAUUAGAAGUAGAUAGCGUAGCAAGUGUUUAUAUUAUAGACUAGAGACUGUUGGAAUGUUUGUUGUUUUCUUUUGCAUAUUGUUCAAUACCUUUUUUUUUGUGUGUGUGCAUGCUCACCUUGGAUGGCACGGAUGCGAAUAGCAAGCAUAUCACAUCUUGUGGCCCCUUUUGUUUUGAUGUGCCAUCUUUUUGCUAUAUGUUUCUUAAAAUGUUUUAUCUUAUUGUUUUAUAGGAAUUUUUUCUAGUCAUUUUUUGGGGGAUCAGACAUUUUUCAUAUUUUACGUAAUUUCAUUCAGUGCUUGUGAGUCUGAUCCCCAUUCUUUUGUAUAAAGUAUUUUCUUUAUAUCGUCAUUUAAAUAAAUGACAUUAUUCAUCUCUGUUAAUGUGUUUGAGUUCAUCUUUAGCAAACUUAGCAAAAACUAGCUGCGGUGAGCCUGCCGAGCAUUUGGAGACAUAAAACAGCAAUUAUGAUUAUAAUUGAAUUUAUGUAUUAAAUGCGUUGUUUAUGUAUUAAAUACGUUGUAUGUGCAUGGGUGUAAUGGUUUAUGUAAUAGAUUUUGCGGGCUGGGAUUUUACGCCGGUGGUAUGCGAAUUUCCAGCCAAUGAUUAGCGGGCUAGUAUCACGUGGCCAGCUAAGCGGACCACUUGUAUUUUUAUUCCCGCGCUGUCCACAGUAAUUUUGGAACCACGUAUAUUUUGAAGACCCGCCACCGCCCCUGCAAUCCUACCCAUUGCAUUUUGAUAAAAUGUAUUAACGGUUUUUGAUGUGUCACCCCCUUUUGUUUUGAUGUGCCAUCUUUUUGCUAUAUUUUUCUUAAAAUGUUUUAUCUUAUUGUUUUAUAGGAAUUUUUUCUAGUCAUUUUUUGAGGGAUCAGACAUUUUUCAUAUUUUACGUAAUUUCAAUCGGAGCUUGUGAGUCUGAUCCCCAUUCUUUUGUAUAAAGUAUUUUCUUUUAUAUCGUCAUUUAAAUAAAUGACAUUAUUCAUCUCUGUGAAUGUGUUUGAGUUAAUCUUUAGCAAGCUUAGCAAAAACUAGCUGCGGUGAGCCUGCCGAGCAUUUGGAGA